CCUCCCGGCAUCGCUGACCCGCCGCGCCGGCUGCAGGCGGCGCAAUGCCGAGGAAGAGCUGGCAGGGCCGGUGGGAUCGCGGCGCGCCGUGAGCUUCGGGCUCGGCUCCGUUGCGGGCCGAUGAGUUCGGCGUACCUGGGACGCCCCUCCCCGCCCGCCCUCGGCUCGCCCAGGCAGCUGCGGCCGGACGCCGGAGGCCGAGCACCGCGCAGGGUCAGCCCCGUUCCAGCACGCGCGGGGGAAGCCGCUGCCUCGGCGCCGCCGCUCUGGGGCUGAACGGAGCCGGGCCCCGGGCUGCCACCGCCGCUCCGGCCGCCGCCAUCACCAUCGCCGUGCGCUCCGCCGCCCCGUCAUGGCCGAGGAGCUCUCCGCGGCCACCCCGUACACCGAGGAUGAUUUCUAUUGCCCCGUGUGCCAGGAGGUGCUCAAGACGCCCGUGCGGACCGCGGCCUGUCAGCACGUUUUUUGUAGAAAAUGUUUCCUGACUGCAAUGAGAGAGAGCGGAAUACAUUGUCCCCUCUGUCGUGGAAAUGUGACUAGAAGAGAGAGAGCAUGUCCUGAACGGGCCUUAGACCUUGAAAAUAUCAUGAGGAAGUUUUCUGGUAGCUGCAGAUGCUGUGCAAAACAGAUUAAAUUCUAUCGCAUGAGACAUCAUUACAAAUCUUGUAAGAAGUAUCAAGAUGAAUAUGGUGUUUCUUCUAUUAUUCCAAACUUUAAGAUCUCUCAAGAUUCAGUAGGGAGCAGUAAUAGGAGCGAAACGUCCACAUCUGAUAACACAGAAACUUAUCAAGAGAAUACAAGUUCUGGGCAUCCAACCUUUAAGUGUCCCUUAUGUCAAGAAUCAAAUUUUACCAGACAGCGUUUACUGGAUCAUUGCAACAGUAAUCACCUAUUUCAGAUAGUUCCUGUGACCUGUCCUAUUUGUGUGUCUCUUCCUUGGGGAGAUCCUAGCCAGAUUACUAGAAAUUUCGUUAGUCAUCUAAAUCAAAGACAUCAGUUUGAUUAUGGAGAAUUUGUGAAUCUUCAGCUAGAUGAGGAAACCCAAUAUCAAACGGCUGUUGAAGAAUCAUUUCAAGUAAACAUCUGAAAAUUGUAGACAGCUCCACAUUUUUGUUCCUGCAAGUGCCAUCUUUAAGGGGAAGACUACAUGAAGUCGUCUUUUGAUAACUUGAUUUGUAUAUUAAUAAAAGUAAUUCACUCUACUGUUUUAGUUUAAUUGAAAAUUAAGGUGGAUGCUCUAAAAACAUUCUCUUGAGAGUUAAAAAACAAAAUUAAGAUGUUAUCUUGAAAAGCAUUAAAGGAUUGUAUUUUAUUAAUGUAAUGGUGAAAAGGGAAUUCUUGUACUUUAUCUUGUUAACAGUACACAUUGAAUUUUUCCUUAUUUGCCUUUAAAAUUUGGUGCAAUUUCUUCCAUUGACAUAAUUCACAAUAGCCAGUUCUGAAAGAUGUAAUUGAUAUAAACCUGACAUCUGAGCCAGUUAAUUAGAAUGACAGAAUGGGAUCUUGAAUGCUAAAGUAAAAGAAUCCAAAGGAAGCUUUUAAAAUAUAGGUAGUUGUUUGUAAGCUGGAGGCAGCUAGAUUUUUUUGUCAUCAGAAUUCUCAAUUGCCAGAAUUUCUGAUCAGGUAGGAAAAAACUUUAAUUAGAGACUUCUAGUUGGUAAAGUUAUAUUCUAUAUAUAUAUUUAAAUGAGAGACUUUGGCUUCAGCUCAUUUUAGACAUUCAUUUGAAUUCAAAGAUGUUUUUAAUAGGCUUGUUUGUGUAUAUACACACUCUGUAUGCAUGGAGUUUGUCAGGUAAUGACAAUUUCUACUAAGAUUUUUUUUUAAUGGAUAAGCAAAUGGGAUUGAAUGUUACCUGAUCUGAUUAAAGUUUAUAUGUCCCUAUGUUUUUAAAGUGAGACGUAAGUGCUAAGUGGUCUGCUUGGCCACUCUUACCCUUUAAAAUUUAGUUUCACACAGACCUGUUUGUAUGGUGCUUAUUUGUUAUUCUCAAAGAUAUGUGUGACUGUGAAGUAGUAGUGAGACAUUCUAACAGCCACUUUGCUUCUCUACUUUCAGACAAAACUGGUUCUUAGUAUUCAUUAGUGAGAAUCAUACUGGAAGGCCCAAAUCACAGAAUUAAAGAGUGGAUUAGCUGACAUUCCAUACUAAUACAUAUUGUUUUUGCUUUCUUUAAUAUAACUAAAAGAACAUAAAGGUUAAUCUCAGAAGUAAUUUGCUGCUAAUAUAUUACAUAUAUUGUAUAAAAAGAUAUAUUUUGCUUUUGUUAAAACCCUUGUUGACUUUUAUACAGUGAACAUUUUUAAACUUGAUUUAAUAAAAAAGAAAGUUAAUUUUGGAAGUGGA